GGAACCUCGUGAUAUCAUGCCUGUUUCACACCGGAGAUAUUUGAAAGAUGCACUCCUCGAUUCCGCUUCUGUUCUGAUGUAGCAGCAACAAGCUAGCUGAGUGCUUACCUGAAUGUUAUCCGUUUUUGCAUGCGGACUUAAUUACAAUUAUAUCACAUUUUGAAAGUAUAAAAUUUGUCGACUUUUUAAUCCGGGUUGGUAAUUUAUUUGUUUGCCUUUGGUAUUCCGUCCACGCCAGCUUCCCUGCAAGGGUUGGAGAUGCGAGGUGAUGCUAGCUAGCCAUUUGGCUAACGUUCGCUAGCUAGUUCAACAAUAUUGCGGGGCUAACUGGGUAACGUUAGCUAGCUGGACUAGCUACAUCAAUAAAACAUAGACGCACGGAAAGGUGCAAAACAUGCACGUUUAGUUAUUUCCUUGCGUUUAUUGCCAAGUGUCGAUUGCUGAGAGAACGUUGCUAACGUAGCCACAGGCUGCAGUGCCAACCAGGACUCGGGAUGGCGGCUAAAGCGGCGGAUGGUGGUGGUGCAACUGACCUCAUAGACAUCUACGACGAGAACUUCAGUCAAAACAACGGGGAGGUAAGACAGGCCGAGAGAGCUUAUGGAAAGAGCUGUAGACAUGAAUAGUUGUGAGAAGCUGAAAGCGAAUGCAGAAGAUUCUUGAAGUGGGAACUAAAAUAACUUGUUGGAUGAGGUUGUUUGAUUUUAGCAUGUCAACAUUUUACAUGAAUGAAUGUCAAUAGCGACAUUUAGAGUAUAUAAUGUUAACAAAUCAUACUAUUCAAUUUAAUAUCCAUGAUAUCAACAAUACAGAUGUGGCGGUUAGUGUUCUCUCGUAGUUUGUCUGAUUCUUCAGGGAUGGUCAUUGUGAGUGAUAGAAUGUAGCUAGGCAUUGAGGGAUGAUGUCUAUCUUCUGUCCAUCUUCUCUCUAUAGGAUGGAGAUUUUGCGACGACGGCAGAGGCAAGUGAUCUUUAUGAUGAUGUGCUCACUGGCUCUGUGAGCCGGGAAAGGAAAUUCUCAGAGGAUGCUAUCCCUCUCAGCAAGGACCAGCCAACGAAAGAGGAGAGCAAACCAACAAUACUGUACACUUACAGUGGGGUGUGGAACAAGAGACUGGCUGUAUAUGUGGGCAACUUUUCCUGGGUGAGUCUCCCACCACCACCAUUACCUUCAGUCCAGUUUGCUAAUAUAUUAGCAUAUGUUCUGUAAUGAGAUACAGCCACGUAGACCUAUUACCUUUCUAUCCCUAUCCUUCAUUUUUACUAAUCUUCUCCCUCUUUCUCUCCCUUGUCUUCCUUUACCCCUCUCCUCAGUGGACCUCCGACAAAGACCUUAUUAACGUGGCGCGCACCUUGGGCGUGAAGGACAUUGUGGAGAUAAAAUUUGCUGAGAACAGAGCUAAUGGCCAGUCCAGGGGGUGAGAGUUAGGCCUAUCCAGUGGGCAUCAUUCUAAUCUAAUGUGAUCUAUUUCUUCACUAUUUAUUAACUGGGUGUUUCGCCAUUUCAUGACUGGAUCUGGUCAUAGUGUUCUAGGGAGACCUGGUAACAGACACCUAUUGAGUCAAGUUAGUCUUAAAAUAAAUAUGAUGUGCCAGUAGCUAAGCUAAAUACAGAUCUUACAGAUGACUACCAACGUUUUAUUAUUUAUUAUCUGUGCAUGAUCCAGAGCCAAAGUGUUGUCUCCAGACCCUGAAGAACUGGACAGGGCUGCUCUGGUGGUCUACUGAUGGCUAGUAGAUUAUGUUGUGAAGGCAUUUCAAAGCUCUGAAAUAGAUUUUCUAUCCAGCUGGUAACAUAACGUAUACUAGCUGAUAUUUAUAUUUUACUCUCUAUAGAUACGCUGAGGUAGUGGUGGCCACAGAAGAGUCAUUGCAGAGGUUGCUGGAGACUUUGCCAAAUUGUCAUGUUAAUGGAGAAAAGGUGGACUGCCGCUUUGCCACACGACAGAAUCUUGCUGUGUUUGAAGCCCAGGCUAAUAAACGUAAGCGCACAUCUACAUACAGUAAAUAAAUAGGUACUCAAGUCUUUCUCGGAAGUGAUAUCCAAUGCUGCCAUUGAAACAAAAUCAAACUGUCCCUCCUCCUUUUCCGUAGGUGUCCCCCAGCGCUCUAACUCAAAGGAGUCGUCAGAUACUGGGGGCAAAAAAGCCUCUGUCUCCCCUCCUGUGCUCAACCAGAACCACUCCACUGUCCCGCACACUAUCCACCCCCAACACAUUCACAACAAACCUCCCCCUCUGUCAGUCCCAUACUUUAGUCUGCCUCCUCCUCUUUUCCCCCACCUUCCCCCCCACCUUCCCCCUCCCCCCAUGCCCCACCUUUUCCCUCCACCACCUCUACGUCUCCCCAGCCAUCCUCCUCCCUCCCUGCAUCUCAACCCCGCCUUCUUUCCUCCAGCACAACACAACAACUACAGUCAACAACACAACACAUCGUACAACCAGCACAAGUGAGCUCAUCCACUGUACUUUAUAUUAUGGAAUGAUUUUGUAUUAAUUGGUAAACAUGUCUAUCACAAGGAUAUGUAUGUAUGAUGAUGAUCAGUAAGGGAGUGUUUUUUUCUCUAGCAGUAGGGACAGUGAAGCUCCCACACCCCAAAUGCCAGAGGGAGAGUUUGAUGAGCUGAUGAACAGAAACAGAGCCAUCGCCAGCAGCGCCAUCACCAAGGCUGUGUCUGGAGCUACUGCCGGUUAGACUCUCACUGAAAAAUGCCUACAGUAGACACUCAAAUACAGAUUCAUGAUGAUAAAUCUAGACUAGAGACCCAAAGACAUUGACAUGUGCAGUACACAAUGCAGAUCAUGGUCAUCUUAAAUCCUGCUGUUGUAGGAGACCUGCCCCUGGCCAUUGAGACCCUUUUGACUGCCAUUGCUGUCAUCAAGCAGUCAAGAGUGUAUGGGGACGAGCGCUGUCGAGCCCUGGUCACCUCUCUGAAAGACUGCCUCUUCUCCAUCGAGAGCAAGUCAUACGGCUCCAGGUCAGUGCUGGAAAAAUUGUUUGGACCUCUCAUGGACCGUUCUUUCAUCACAAACGGAAAUUGUAAUGUGGCCUCACUUCUCACUUGCUCUCUCUUUGUAGGAAAAGACACCGUUCCCGUGACAGAGAACACCGUUCCCGAGAUAGGGAGCGGGACAGAGAACGGGACAGAGGCAGGGGAAGGGAAGAAAGGGAAGAGUCCUACAGCCAGGAAUGGGAGGCUGCAGGAAUGUCCCGCCGGCACCGAGAACGCUCCCUAAGUGGGGAGCGAGAUGGGAGAGACCGGGAGCGGGUUCGGGAACGAGAUAGACAUAGGGAGCACCGCGAGCGGCACCGCUAGGUAAGCUCUCUGACCCUGUCAUAUCUCCAACACGUCUCCCCUCUAAUUCUGUAAUCCCCUCAUCUCCAGACCACCACCACUUACUCACAUCCUGAAAUACACCACCACCUCUAAUUGCCAAGCACCUGUUUUUUCAGUCAACCCCUUGUAUUAACGUACUCCUGACAGAACUUUUGUCUGUUCUUUUCAGGACAUUCUAGGCUGUCUUUGUCCCUGUCAGGCUGAGUAGGAUGGGAGACAGGACUUUAUUUCUGCGCCAAGCUGCUUAAAAGUCUAGGAUAAUGGAUGAACUGAUGGUGAGACAAAAUGAAUGUCCAUAGCCCCCCCAUCUCCACAACCUACUGCCCCCACGUUCACAUUUCCCUGGUACUCAGCAGCCACCAAGCAUUUUACCUUCUCAUCAUAAUCUUCUGAUCUCAGCCAUCACCAACCCCCUCUUUCUCACAGUGAUACUGUCUUUGUAAUUUAAUUUUUUGAUUAUGAAUUGACGGUUUCAGGGUUGUGGCUGCAACUUUUGUUGUUUGCCACACCUGCAUGCACAAAGCAGAGGUAAAUUUUUAUAUGUUGAACUGUGCAGUGUUUUUUUUUCCUCUUCCCCCUUCUUUUGUAUCAAAUUUGAACUGAUUAAAAAAGGCUGUUAAAAUGA